AAUAAAGCCUGACCUGUUCAGCACUGAGCGGGAUGCCUCUCCAACACCUCCCAGACCACUUUUCUGCUCAGUGCUUUCUUGUGACUCUCCUUGUGACCUUGCUGUCUACAUCUUCUCAUGCCUGUGAAUCAGAGGUUCAGUGGAGUGCUGAACCCCCAGUAUGUUCAAAGAUUUUGUGUCAACCACCUCCAAAUAUAGCAAAUGGAGAAUUCUUCCCAAGUCACCAAGAUGUAUUUGAAUAUCAUGAAGUGGUAACUUACCGAUGCAACCGCGUUUCCGGUAUGGAUGAACUAUCACUUGUUGGCGAGAGCAAGAUGUAUUGCUCUGAAAAUAGAUUAUGGAGUGCUAACCCUCCUGAGUGCAAAGUGGUCAAAUGUCCACGUCCCGUGAUUCAAAAUGGGAGACAGACAUCAGGAUUCAGCAAGAAAUAUUCCUAUAGAGCAACGGUCAUGUUUGAAUGUAACCAGGGGCUUUUCCUCCAUGGGAGCGACACCGUCGUGUGUGAGGGUGAUAGUACAUGGCAGCCACCAAUUCCAACCUGUCGGAGCGAGCCACCUCCCCCUCCCACAACACCUUCCAGUAUAGGUGUUCCAAACUCUACCAAAGGAGCACCACUUGAUUUGGGAGAUUCAAAGGGAUGGAUCAUUUCGCUGAUAAUGAUGGCUGUGUUGGAGCUAUAGUCAUUUGCAUUAGCUAUUCAAACAUCUUCAAAGAGAGGAGAAAGGAAAGAGGAAGAAACUGAAAAUGUCACCUGCCAGAAUAUAUUAACUAUUCUAAGCAGAGCAGGUUGAGUGGUUUCCACACACUGUUUUAUAUUCUUAUUUUUUUUAAUUCUAUUAAAAAAUCUC